AGCACCGGAGCGAGCAAUACCUGUUGGAGAAGAUCUACGCCGUCACCUUUAAACAAACGACCUAUUUGUCAACGUCGAAUAUCUCGGGCGAGUACGUCAGCAAGGACGUGAACCAACACCGAAACGUCUUACGACACUGGCUGCACCAAGGUCACUAUUGGCUCUUGCGACGUCUUGCCGGGAGAUGGCGGUCUCCGUAAGCCGCGUUGCCGCCUCGGGCGCGUCGCAAGGGCAACAACAACGUGAAGGCUCCGCCCAGCCCGACUCUACCCGUGAGCCCGUUUUGCAUCUCCCUGCGCCUUCGGUACUUUGGCCACGGCCUUAUUAUUUCAAAGACGGGCUGCGCCGCGUCUCCCCUUACUUCUACACAUACAACACAUGGUGCAAAGAGCGAUGGCGGGGCCGGGAGCUGGUUGAAGUGUUCCAGAGCGAGUUCCGUGAUCGGCCUAUCGAGUACUACCGCGCAGCCAUGGAGUCCGGACAAGUUGCUGUCAAUGGCAAAACCGUCGGCCCUCAUCACAUUUUGAAAAACGGCGAUCUCAUUUCACACACCACGCACCGCCAUGAGCCACCAGUCACGGCCGAUCCGAUCGGUAUCAUUCACGAGGACGAUGACAUGGUUGUGAUAAACAAGCCAUCCGGCGUGCCUGUUCACCCGGCCGGACGCUACAACUACAACUCAGUCGUUGAGAUUAUGAAAGCGGAAAGAGGCCCCGGCUUCGAACCACGGCCUUGUAACAGACUCGACAGGCUCACGAGCGGCAUCAUGUUUAUCGCGAAACAUGCCAAGGCCGCCGAAAAACUGGGUGCUCAAAUAUUCAAGCGGAGCGUUCGCAAAGAAUACAUUGCUCGCGUCAUCGGCAGGUUUCCUGACGGAGAAGUCGUGUGCGACCAACCCAUCCUUCAGAUCUCACCCAAGCUCGGGCUGAACAGGGUUCGAGCCAAUGGAAAAGCAGCCCGGACCGUCUUCAAGCGGCUAGCCUAUUAUCCUCCAUGCUCGGCGAACAAUGGGUCUCGGCAGCGCAAUGAUGCGACGGAGAACCAGGCAGUUGGGGUUUCUCAGUCGACCACUCAACCAACCGGGGGCCGCAAAAUAGACGAGGGAUAUUCGAUUGUGCGGUGCUUGCCUGUGACAGGAAGAACUCAUCAAAUCCGAGUGCACCUGCAGUUUUUGGGGCACCCGAUUCAAAACGACCCCAUAUAUGCCAACCAGAAGGUCUGGGGUUUCGAUCUGGGUUAUAAUGAUGCCGAAGGAACGCUUAACAGCGACGAAGACGUUAUCAGUCGCCUCUCCCGCAUGGGCAAGGAUCAGGUGGCGGAUGCGGUCGCUUAUUACGACGAGAUGGUGGACGAUUACUACAGGAAGAAGGCCGAGAAGAUGUCGGGCGAGGUUUGUGAAGUGUGUAGCACCCCGCUUUAUACCGACCCAGGAGACCAAGAGUUAUCCCUAUGGCUUCACAGCCUCCGGUACGAGGAUGCCGAGGGAGCUUGGAGCUACGUUAGCCCCCUGCCCGCUUGGGCCCUACCGCCAGAAGGCGUCAGCGGGCCAACGAAAGUCGGUAGCAUUGAGGACCUGGUGGGCGCAGCUGGUCCUGCGAUUGACGAGUAAAAUCGGCGCCUUGUCUACAGUGGAAACAGGCGUCUCGUUGCCGAUGAUGCUACUUACGACUACGCCCCUCUCGGCAUGGCCAGGGCGAUAGGUGGAGCUGAUAUUUGUCACCGUCAUGGCAUAGCAAGAUAUACUUUAGCCCAAUACCUCAUGGCGCUCAACCGGUCAUAUCGCCGGAUCACGAUGUACGGUAUGUCCCCGUUUGCGCUGCUUUACGACUGGGCGUGAGUGCUCCUGAGUGCUGAACCAUCUCUUC